AUGAAUAAUAAUCCAAAUCAGCAAAUCUGUUCUAGUUCUACAAGUACCACUAUAGCUUUCCCCAUAAUAAUAUUACAAAAUGUAAGACAAAAAUUAUAUUAAAAACCAUCAAUAGUUGUUUUGUCUGUUAGAGUUUUUCUUUUAAAAUAGCCAAAUAUGAAGGUAAGUGUUUCUCCAUUGUUAAAACUUCACAUCUCACUAACAUUAAAUAAGAUACCAGUUAUUCUUGGGCUUAUUGUAUUACACAUAAUAUUUUAAUAAAGCCAAAAAUUCUGA